AUGAACUGCCCUUCGCGCCCAGAUAACAUCGAGGGUCAUCCGGACUGGAAUCAGAACCCUCGUGACUUGUCCUCGGAUCUGACCACCAGGGCCGAUCUCAAUGGCAUUGUGAAUCUCAGAGAACAACGAGAAAACGAAUCAAGUCUUAGCAACGACCAGCAAGAACAAACCAAUGUUAACCCUACUGAUAAGGCCGAGUCACCUGUGGCCGGUCUCGAAUCCCCGCCCAAUGUCAAGGUUGAUCCCAUGAAGCAGGAGAAUCCUACCGCAACCACGGAAGGUCUUGCAACAUCUGCCUUUCAACCACAUUCUGCACGAUCGCCUAUGAAGUCGCGCGGACCAGUCUUUGUUCUCAACAAGGUCAUCACCACCCUCCGAAAGUAUCUCAAGUUUGUCGGGCCCGGCUUCCUCAUUGCCGUUGCGUACAUUGAUCCCGGAAACUACGCCACCGAUGUCGAAGCUGGUGCAGCCACCCAAUUUCGGCAUCUUUUCAUUAUCUUGAUGUCCAAUCUCUUUGCUAUCUUCUUGCAGUCUCUAUGCAUCAAGUUGGGGAGCGUCACCGGCUUGAACCUCGCAGAAAACUGCAGGAAAUACCUUCCCAGGUGGCUCACCAUCACUCUAUAUCUCUUUGCCGAGUCUGCCAUCAUCGCCACUGACAUUGCCGAGGUCAUCGGUUCUGCAAUUGCUUUGAAUCUCCUGUUCAAGAUCCCUCUGGUAGCAGGAUGUGCGAUCACACUCGUCGACGUUCUCGUCCUGUUGCUGUUCUACAGACCCGACGGGUCGAUGGUCCGCUUACGUCUGUUCGAGUACUUCGUCAUGACUCUAGUUCUGGGCGUCAUGGUAUGCUUCUGCAUCCAAUUGACUUUCAUUGAAGACACUACAGUAGGAGAGGUUUUCAAGGGGUACCUUCCGUCAUCUGCGAUCGUUGAAGGAAAUGGUAUCUACCUCUCAUGCGGCAUCAUCGGUGCUACAGUCAUGCCUCAUUCCAUCUUCCUUGGCUCUGGAGUAGUCCAGCCACGAUUGAAGCAAUUCGAUCGACAGAACGGCCACGUUUCUCUGGCCGAGGACUCUGAGGACGAAGAGGAGAAAUACGUACCCUCAAUUUAUGCCAUCAAGGCGUGCCUCAAAUACUCUGUCGUGGAACUAGCCACGUCGCUCUUCACUUUUGCCCUGUUCAUCAACUCUGCAAUUCUCAUUGUGUCAGGCGCAUCCCUCUAUCCCAAGACAGAAGCUACAGAUGCUGAUCUUUUCGGUAUUUACGACCUCCUCAAUCAGAAUCUCUCCAAGGUCGCCGGUACCCUGUUUGCUAUCGCCCUCCUCCUGUCUGGUACGUCCGCCGGGAUAGUCUGCACCAUGGCUGGGCAGAUGGUAUCAGAAGGCAUGCUCCACUGGACUUUGAAGCCUUGGUUGCGAAGGUUGAUCACAAGAGCCAUCAGCAUCAUCCCUAGUAUCAUCAUUGCCGCAGCCAUCGGCAGAGAAGGUUUGAACCAAGCCUUAACAGCAAGUCAAGUCUGCUUGAGCGUUAUCCUGCCCUUUGUUACCGCUCCGUUGAUUUGGUUCACCUGUCGAAGCCACAUCAUGACCGUUCGAACUUUUCAGGGUGAACAAAGUGGACAAAAUGUUAACAUGCGGAAUAACUGGCUGACUUCUGCUCUCGCCAUCACCAUUUGGCUUGUGCUAGUGGUGAUGAAUGUGGCGCUGUUGGUUCUUGUUGGCCUUGGAAAGGCCUAG